UCCGGAGCCUCACCUAAUCUGCUUUGUGAUGGAUUCCACAGCUUUUUCCUUUUUCUUUAUUUUCCCUUCCUUUCUUUAUAUCUAUUACCCUUCCUUUCUCUGUCGUAGCUUUUCUUCAUUUUCGUCUUCCAUUUCUCCAUUCUCUUCGAAUACUCAAAAUCCACACUUCUUUUUGGGCUGUUUGCCGGCCGGACUUCCAGUAUCUCGACUUGGCUCUCAGAGAAGGGAGAGACUUUCCUUGUUGAAGAAGGCUAUUUUUUGAACAUGGAAGCUUCUGAAGGAAGGGAGACAGAGAGAAUGGCUAAGAGUGCUGUUCAAUCCGCCGCAGAAACUCUGACCUAUUUUCUAAGGCAGAAAGAUUUUUACCUUCCCCAUGUAGAUAGGUGUGUUAUGCCACUUCGAAACGAACUCAAAACCUUACUCAAAGACGUGGAUGGGAUGCGCGGGUAUAAUGAAAGUGUUCAGCUAAUAGAAGUAGCAAACAACAUCAAGAACGUCAUCGACUCCUUCAUCUUUAAAAUUGCAGAGCAACGAGGAGAGACGAGUGCUGGAUUGAUGAGUUACCAAUCCACUUUUAAUAGUGGCGUCAAAGACAAACCAGCCAUUGAGGAUCUUGGAAAGAAUAUCUUCGACUUAAAAAGAAGGCUCGACGAGAUCUUGUCCAACAGAUCGCAGUACGGCAUCCACAAUAUACAGCCAUCUGGAGAAGCUUCAACUUCUUCGAAUCAAUGCAAGAUACAGAGGGAGAAGAGGACUCCUAUUGUCGAGGAAGCCGAAGUGGUCAGCUUUGAAGACGAGACAAGGACAUUGGUGGGGAGGCUGAUUACAGGAGAUAUGCGGCGUGUUGUCAUUUCCAUCACUGGUGCGGGAGGAAUAGGAAAGACUACUCUUGCAAAGAAAGUUUACGAUAAUAUCCAAGUACGGAAGAGUUUCGAUUUUUGUCAUUGGGCGAAUGUGCCUCGAGAAUAUUAUCAAGUGCGAGAUAUUCUUUCGGCAUGUAUCGACACUUUCCAUCCACGGUUCUUUCGAGGCUCAAUGGAGAGUGAUAGUGAGGAAGACUUGCGGAGAAAACUCUCUGUCUACUUGGAACGGAUGCGGUAUCUGGUGGUAAUUGAUGGUAUAUGGUCCAAAGAAGCUUGGGAUGGCUUGGUUACUGGAUUUCCAGAUUGGGAAAAUGGCAGCAGAGUGCUGCUCACGACUCGUAAUGAAGAAGUAGCUGAGUAUGCAGAUACACAGAGCACACCCCAUAAAUUACGUUUUCUCAAUGAAAAUAAGAGCUGGACAUUGUUUUGCAAGAAGGCACUACUGGAAAAUCCUUCUCCUGCAUGCCUUCCAAAUCUGGAGGAGUUGGGGAGAAGGAUGGUUGCGAAAUGUGGAGGUUUACCUCUAGCAAUCACAGUGUUAGCAGGCGUCCUAUCAAGGAGAGAGAAGUCAGUGUAUGAGUGGGAGAAAGUGCUUAGAAGUGUAGAAUGGUGGCCACAUCAUAGCCAAGAAGAUGCCAUCUCUGUCGUAUUUGCCCUGAGCUACGAUGACUUGCCCUAUUACUUGAAGCCCUGCUCUCUUUAUUUUGGAGCAUUUCCUGAACACUCCGAAAUCUGUGUGGACGAAUUGAUUCGGAUAUGGAUAGCGGAAGGAUUCGUGCAGAGAAGAGGAGAAAAAGAAAUGGAAGACGUUGCAGAGGAUUAUGUAGAAGAGCUCAUCAGUAGAAGCAUGAUUCAGGUGGCCAAAAGGAAAAGCAAUGGAAUGGUUAAAACAUGCCGCAUUAAUAAUAAUCUACGCGACCUUGCGAUUUCAAAAGCAAAGAACGAAAGAUUCCUGUACGUGUAUGGUAACAAAGUGCCUACGUCAUCCAUCAUGGCAGACCGACUUGCAAUUACUAGUGGUGACAUCAGCAACUGCAGCUCUCUGAACAGCUCCACUCCACAUCUCCUCUCUUUGUUGGACUUCAGUUACGAGAGUGGCUUGCCAGAGAAACUAGCUCUGAAUAUCUUGGGCGGAUCUUUCGAAUUUCUUAGGGUGUUGCAUCUCCAAAGCAGAGAACUCUCAAGUCUCCCUGACGAAAUUGGGGACCUAAUCCAGUUGAGAUUGGCUACUAGAUGA